AUGGGCCAAGAAAGAGUGGAAGAAAGAAAAAUGGGCCCUGAAUUCGAUGAGAAGAAGAAAGUGGGCUUUCCUUACGACAUGUCAGAAGAGGAACUUGCAAAGGAAAGCAUGGAGUCUGUGCAAUCAUGGAUAUCUAAACACAAGCUAACCAGUAUUGGCACAUUAUGGGCUGCAGCAAUUGGAGCUUCAAUGACUUACUCAGGUGCAAGAACCACAUUUAAGCCAAGCCUCAGGCUCAUUCAUGCCAGGAUGCACGCACAGGCCCUGACUCUAGCGGUGCUCUCCGGUGCAGCUGCCUACCAUUACUAUGAGAAACGUGCUGAAGUAAAUGCGACAUUGGCUAAACUGGCCGAGUAA